AUGGUUCUCGUGGGUGGCUCCGCUGUCGCUGCCCGUGAUAAGCCCGUUCGCUUAUUUGGGCUCGCCGGCGUUUUUGUGAAGAAUACGUCCUGGCACAACCUGCUACCGACAAUCAUUCGUUAUGAGGACGCUGUAGGACGGAAGAACUGGCCCCGUCUCGUGACCGACAAUGACGGUGAUGAGAAACAUGAGGACGACAGGCACCUCCCAGCCAACACUUACUUCCGUUUUGACGGCACCCAACACCUCAAUUUGACUGCCCUCCGUGUGCUGCGCGAUAUAAGCAAGGGUUAUUUAACUCAAUUCUCACUGCUCUUCUGGGUCUACCCUGCAAAUCUUACCUCCAAAAACAGCCUCCUGUACUCCAGUCUGCCAAUUGAUGGUUUCAGUGUUGCUGUGGACGAGGAACACGUUGAGGUUGUCUUGAGAGCAGUGCAAGACUCCGAAACAGCUACCUACAAGGAAAUCGUGUUAGUUUAUGCGGCAUCGAUCUCUCCAGAAACCUGGCAACAUAUCGCGGUUGUUUAUACAGGAGAAGACAAUAUGCCCAGUGCAGAGCCAAAUGUAAGUGAAGUGAUAUUUUUGUGA